GCAAGUUUGAACUUGCAGCUUUUUUUAAGUUUCGCGGGCUGAAUAGUGUUUCACAAUCGAUUUCAUAGCUUUCAUGAUUUGGAAUCAACUUCUCUUCAGUUAUGGCAAUUUUUGUAUAUUACUGACAACCAGGUGUUCUUUAUUAAUACAAAUUUUACUUUUAAUGAGCAACCAGCAAGUGUUAUUACAGAAGAAAUAAGUUGAAUAUUCUAUUGUGAACCAUGGCAACAGGCAAAUAUGGCAGAGAAUUGGCUUUGUCAAUGUUAAGAACAUUGCCCAGGGUAACACUGGGAAAUAUUCGAAAUAAUCCAGGUUCUAGAAAAAAUCCAAAAAGAGGCAGAGGACAGCAUGGAGGUGAUAAGCAUGGGGCUGGAAAUAAAGGUUCUGGACAACGUCAAAAUUAUAUGAGACUGGGUUAUGAAACAGGAAAUACUCCUUUCUAUUUAAGAUUUGGAUAUGAACCUUACUAUAAGGGCCAUCAUUUACGACGUCAAUAUCCACCAUUAUCCUUAAAAACCUUACAGAUGUUAAUCGACACGAAUAGACUUGAUAUAUCAAAACCAAUAGAUCUUACUGCUUUACAAAAUACAGGAGUUUUUUCCAUUAAAUUAGAUUGGAAACAUUCAGGUUUCCAAUUAACUGAUGAGGGAGCCAAUCAUUUUAAAGCAAAGAUCAAUAUUGAGGUGCAAUGGACCAGUGAACCAGUAAUUGCAGCCAUUGAAAAGAAUGGUGGAGUAAUUACAACCGCCUAUUACGAUACAAAUAGUCUUUUCUCUGUUGUAGAUCCAGAAACAACUUUCAGACGAGGGGAACCAAUUCCGAAAAGACUGUUGCCCCCAGCUGAUUGUUUAGAAUAUUAUUCAAGUGCUGCAACUCGAGGUUAUUUGGCAGAUCCUGAAAAAAUUUCUUACGAACGCCUAGUUCUGGCCCAAAAAUAUGGUUAUCAACUCCCAAAAAUUGAGGAUGAUCCUGAUUAUGAAAUCCUUACAAUGCGAAAAGAUCCUCGACAAAUAUUUUAUGGCCUCGAACCAGGUUGGGUGGUGAGCUUAAAAGACAAGGCUAUCUUAAAGCCAAAGGACGAAUACCUCAAAGAAUAUUAUGCUAGUUAAAUUGUUUAAAGUGUGUAAAAUAGUUUAUACGAAAUAUACGUCAUAAAUGAUAGUCAUUUUUUACAUAUAA